GGGGUACUGCGUCUCUGUCUUUCUACCGACCUCUCCUAUAAAGAUGGCAUAAAUAGAAGAGAAGUCUAAUUGAAUGUACUUACUGUCAGUUUCUUGUCUACAAUGAUCACGGCACUGAUCACAACCUGCGUACUUCUCAUCCCAACCUGUGCCCUGGUGUACGUCCUGCUCAGACGAUGGGUGCAAAAGCGAGCCAAGUCUCAACGUCAAAGGUUGAAGACACCUGGGGAUGCUGUUACUGUUGGGUUCUUUCAUCCCUACUGUAAUGCAGGUGGAGGUGGGGAACGUGUCUUAUGGGUUGCUAUCAGGGCCAUGCAGAACAAGUACCCAAACGUUGAGUGCGUGGUGUACACCGGUGAUAGUAAUGCCACCAGUGAAGAGAUCGUCAACCGUGCCCGGGAGCGAUUCAACGUAAAUCUUGUCAGGCCUGUCCGGUUUAUCUUCCUAACAAAACGUGACUGGGUCGAGGCUGGAACAUUUCCAUACUUUACAUUACUUGGACAAAGCUUAGGUUCGAUGUGGCUUGGCUGGGAAGCACUGAUGAAGUUUGUACCCGAUGUGUACAUCGACAGUAUGGGAUAUGCCUUCACAUUGCCACUUUUCAAAUAUUUGGGUAAAUGUCGCGUGGGUUGCUAUGUACAUUACCCAACCAUUAGCACUGACAUGUUGAAUCGUGUUGCUGAGAGACGAGGUACAUACAACAAUGCAUCAUUUGUAGCAAGCAGCCCUGUCCUCAGCCAAGGGAAAUUAAUCUACUACCAUAUCUUUGCUUAUCUUUAUGGGAUCGUUGGAAAGUGUUCUGAAGUUGUCAUGGUAAAUUCCUCAUGGACAGAAGGUCAUAUCUUACAUCUAUGGAAAACAAGGGAUUGUACUCAUACUCUUUUUCCUCCAUGCAACACAACUGAAUUCCUUGGCAUUUCCCUGACGAAAAAAGAAACGGACAAGUACAAGUCCAUUGUCUCCAUAGCCCAGUUCAGACCAGAGAAGGACCACCCGCUACAGAUAAAAUCAUUUGAUGAAUUUCUCAAAUGUGUCCCAUUCGCUGAAAGGAAAUUCUACAAGUUAAUCUUGAUUGGUAGUUGUCGGAAUUCUGAGGACAUGGAGCGUGUGGAUCGUUUGAGAAAGCUUUGUGACGUUUUGUGUAUUCGAGAGUAUGUUGAGUUCAAGUUGAAUGUGUCCUUUACGGAUUUGAAGAAUUACCUAGGGUCUGCUGUCAUUGGAAUUCAUACCAUGUGGAAUGAACACUUUGGAAUUGGUGUGGUUGAGUGCAUGGCUGCUGGAACGAUAAUCCUGGCACACAACUCGGGAGGACCAAAACUGGACAUUGUCACAGAAUACCAUGGGAAAAAGACUGGCUUUUUGGCAAGUGAUGAGGAAUCUUAUGCGAAGGCCAUGAAGACUAUAUUUGACAUGUCUGAGGCGGAGCGUUUAGAGAUUCGUUCAAAUGCUCGGGAGUCUGUGAAACGAUUCUCUGAUGAUGACUUUGAAGCUGGAUUCGUUGCUGCCACAGAGGUCUUGUUGCAGAGGAGCUAGAGACAAUAAUUUGGACUGUUGGCUUAUGUUGCUUUUAUUGUGCCUUGAGGUUUAGUUGACGAUUUUUAUGGCUGUCAAUGCAUGGGGAGACAACUUUAUUUUCACAAAAUAGUCGCUCUUCCCAUUCAUAAGGGGGAGAAGUGACAUUCUUGUUCGUUCUAGUCAGUCUGUUGGUUUGAAACAUGUAAAGAACCCCAAGGAAUAGAACUUUGUUUUAAAUCAGCUUUCAAGAGACAGUCACUUCAUAUAGCAACCACCUGUCUAAAAAAACAUUCCUCAUGAAACAGAUCUUUAUAAAAGAUGGUGAUGUAGUCUGUUUGUUAAGAAUUCAGUACAAGUACAAGUGCCAAGAGGAACUUUGUUCUUGACAAUAGCUUUUUCCUUCAAUUGUUAUUUAAAGUGUUGGAACCUAAUCUAUUCCAUAUAUUGAAUGGCACUUACCAAAUGUGCUACUUAUGUUAUUGCAAUGAUUACCUUCAACAAUAAAAAGUUAUGAGAAUUAUUUA